GGUUCAUGAUAUUGUUUCAGAGGCUUCUUACAUUAAUUGUAACGUUAAAGCUAAAUAUGCAUUAUCGGUAUUUAAUGUUUGUGCUGUUACUGAAGUUCUGGGUCAAAGCAUUGCUUGUGUCGAUGAGUAGGUGAUAAAGGGACCCAUGGUAAAUGUAAUCUAAGUAGUUUAUUUUGGAUAAUUUAUAAAUUACAGAUGUACGCAAAGCACCUUGCCAUCAUCCACUGCGAAUGAAUUAAGCUUAAGUUUUUAAAAAAAUUAAAGUGUCCUUUGCCGAAAGUCGUCAACGCUCAGUCAAAUGCCUCAUCAUUGUCCACCAUUCCACGCCCAGAAGACAGGUUAUCCGUCCCAAACCACCACUUUUACCCAUCUCAUGUCAAAUUUGUCCUGCUCCCUACCGACAAGGCCAUACUGCUUAGUCAAAGCUGAGCACUCAUAAGAUAAUACACCGAAAUUAUCCUUCACAGUCCGCCACAUACUGCUCAAACUACGGUGCUGUCGAGCGCGCAGUUUGCCGCUCCGUAAAAUGGCUUCCACGUCUCCUCUCUCUCCGGUUCUGGCCCUCCUCCUUUCCGCUGCCUGGUUUUAUACAGCCAUAUUGGCUCUCUAAUAUAGACUGCCCGGGAUGGGAAGGUGCUACUCGACGCUACGUCACCGGCUCUACAUAUAAACACCAGACUGUGCUUUAAAUAGUGGAGAGCAGACAGGCCGAGGGGGAGGGAAGGAGAGACCGAGGGCCGUGCUGCGGACAAGGGGGACAAUGCAGCGCAGUGAACGCAGUGCGGUGGCCUGCGUGUGUCUCGCUUUUAGCGUUUACAAUGUACCGCUGUCUUCUAAUGCUGAAAUGCGACCGUUGUGCUGUUGUAGACCCUUAAACGGACGCCUAAACUAUAUAAGUCUGUGAUUGAGGAUGUGAUCAACGAGGUGCGAGAGCUGUUCCUGGAUGAGGGAGUGGAUGAGCAAGUGCUUCUGGAGCUGAAAACGCUAUGGGAGAACAAACUGUUGCAGUCCAAGGCAGUGGAGGGCUUCCAUACUGAGGAGCAGGCUGCCAUGCAGGCCGCUCAGCAGCAGCAGCAACAGCAGCAGCAGGUUCAACAAGUCCAACAAGUCCAGCAGGUGACCCAGCCAGCACAGGCCCAGCAAGUCAUCCUGCCCCCCCAGCAGCAGCAAGCUCCCCAGCAGCAAGUCAUUGUUCAGGACUCCAAGAUUCUACAGCACAUGAGUGCAACAGGGAUGAGUGCAGCAGCUGCCGCAGCAACCCUUGCUUUGCCCACAGGGGUCACCCCAUACCAACAGAUCAUCACCAACCAAGGUCAGAUCCUGCAGGUGGUCCGUGCCCCCAAUGGGACUCAGUACAUCAUCCAGCAGCCCCAGCAGCAGAUCCUCCUGCAGCAGCAGAUGCAGCCUGGUGGCGUGCAGGCACCGGUCAUACAACAGGUCCUGGCUCCUCUGCAGGGAGGCCUGCCCCAGCAAACAGGAGUCAUCAUCCAACCGCAGCAGAUUGUCUUAGCUUCAAACAAAGUCCAAGGCAAUAAUACACAGGUGAUGCAGGCAACAGCUAUGGCGCCGCAGCCUGGUCAAGCAGCAACAGCAGCUCAGGUCCAGCAGAUUCAGCAGGCCCAGGGUGCAGCUGCACCACAGGCCCCAGCACAGCCCCAGGCCCAGCAGCAAGCCCAGCCCCAGGCUCAACCCCAGCCUCAGGCACAGCAGCCUCCCAUGAUGCUGCAGGUGGACGGAACUGGAGACACCUCCUCAGAGGAGGACGAGGAUGAGGAGGAGGAGGAGUAUGAUGAAGACGACGACGAGGAGAAGGACAAGGAUGGGGGAGAGGACGGGCAGGUGGAGGAGGAGCCACUGAACAGUGAGGAUGAUGUCAGUGAUGAAGAAGACCAGGAGCUGUUUGAUACAGAGAAUGUAGUGGUGUGCCAGUAUGAUAAGAUUCACAGAAGUAAGAAUAAAUGGAAAUUCCACCUGAAGGACGGGAUCAUGAAUCUGAACGGGAGAGACUAUGUCUUCUCCAAAGCCAUUGGGGAUGCCGAAUGGUGAAGUAGAAACAAAAUAGAAAAAAAAAAACAGGAGCAGGAACUCUGUAACUCCUUCUAUCCAGUUAACAGACACUUUAAUAUCCUUCCAUAUCCUGUGACUGGAUUCAUUUCAGGAAACUUCUUCUGAGUCUUUGAGAACUCUGACAAACCCAAAGGACUGUGAGGGUACUGUAAAACCUGGAUGUCGUCAAAAAUACUCGACUAGCCUUGCAGGAUGAGAAACCUACAGGGGAAGGGAAAGCCUGUGAACAGAGCAUUGUUUCUUUUUAUUUCUUCCUCUUCCAGGCUUCUCUACUUUUUUCCUGAGAGAAUUCACAUAUUUUGGAAAGCAAGCAUUUCACAUCGCACAGGUGUAGUGGACCAGGGUGACAUGACCUGCCCUGUCGCAGGAGGUCAGAGGUCAUUCAUUAUAACCCCGUAGAUGAGAAACACCUUCAUGAUGCACUGUAGUCGGUUGACUGGAUUGACUCGUGUCUACAUACAUUUAAGUCCAAACUUAGUGCCACCAGUCAAGAUUGCUGCCUUUAGAACGGCCAGAAUCAACUUUUUGGCUUCUAAUUUUUGUUCUUGGAUCGUAAUUCUGUCUCAAUUCAUGUUUAUGAAAAUGGUGCUCCAGAGUGUUUUAUGUAGUUAACAAACUAUUAUUGUUUUAAACAUUUUUUAAAAAAAAAGAUAUAUAUGUUUGAUGAAGGGUUAAGGCAAAGAAGGUACAAUUACAUUAAUCUCAAAAUUACUAAUAGUUGCGUAAAGGAUUUUUUUUUUUUUAAUCUUCUAGGGAGUGCUGAAUCCAAAAAUACUUUUAUUUUCCUCAUCUGCUUCUCUGGAGCUUCAUUCCAUCUUUAUCUCUAACAUAACAAAAAAAAAACAAAAAAAAAACGGAAGAACAGAUCCAACACUGAGUUCAUUUCAGAAUUGUACAAAAUGUCUGGAAGUUUGUCCUGUUGGUGUAUCUUCUUUGCUCUUAUUUUAGUUCUCUGCAGCCGUCUGAAAAUUUGCACUGUCGGUUUAUCAAUGUGUAGUGAAAUCAGUCAGUCAAGUUAAUCAGUAACCACAGCGUGCUCUGUUCUGUCCAGUUGUAUGUCUCUGUGUGUGUGUGUGUGUGCAUGCCUGCGCAUGCUCUAGUGUGUGUUUGCGCUGGUGUGUGUGUGCGCUAGUGUGAGAGCGUGAGAGUCAGUGACUGACAAGACAGGCGUGUGGUGAGUGGUCAGUGUGUGUAUGAUGGUUUGUGUGUGUUGUCACUGCUUUUCUCUGGAAAUUUGUUAGUUUAUUUUUCUUGCACACCCAUAAUCUCAUAAUGUCAGAGUUAAAACAGUAAAAUAGAGUUUCAAAUUAGUUUUUCCUCUUUUUUUCUUUUUUCUUUCUUUUUUUGGUGGGGCAGGGCGGUGUCCUGGUUUUUUUUUUUUUUUUGGGUUUUUUUUUUUGGUUUUUUAAUUUAUUCCUGAAAGUUCAUGAAAUGUUCUAUUUUUUUGAAAAGGUUGGAAAGCCGCACCAAACUGUGCUCUUAUAAUCUAAUAAGUGUUCCUUUUUUCUGUUGGCUGGACAAAGCUACGUAACGCUGUGUUCCAAAUCAUUUCGUCCACCAUAUGUUCUCCUGUGCUUUCAUUUUAUUCAUGAUUUUUAAAAUGAGAAUAUUUUCUAUCAAAGUGAGUUUAACUCGGGGGCCCGUGUGUUUCUCUGCAGUUUGUUUUUAGUGCCCCUGUUGCAGCAAUUUGAAAUAAAGUAUGUGUUUUUCGACUGUUGUGUCGAUUUGGUUGUUGGCCAGCUCUGUGAGGUAGAAUGUUUUUACAGAAACCACAUAAACACCAAGGAAACACCGAUAAGGUAGCUGAUGUAGAACUAAAAGAUUUAUUUAGACUUUUGACAUACACGAUUUAACUGAAAUAAAGUUAAUUUUUUGUUAUUUUUCCCACUGACUGAAAAAAGAAUUGCAUCUAUUUUGUUUUAUGGACAAAAUAAAGCAUCUUUAAGACACUGUUACUGGCCCAUCACCAUCUGCAAAUAACAAAUAUAAAUGUGCUGAGGGAGAGGAUUCUAGCCCGUGGCACUGUUUCAGGAAAUAUAUCACCCUGCAAGAUCACAGCAUCCAGUAGCUCUCCAUGGUUAUUUAUAUAUAUAAAAAAAAAAAAAUUAAAUCAUACUAGCUCAUAGUUAUUUCUUUCAUGUUAAUCUCCAUAUUGUUGGAUGUUGUGUCUGCCUGUUGAACUUUAUUUCAGUUCCGGUAUUCACGAAUGACGGAUGAGUUUCUGAAAAGGAUGUCUAUUAAAAAUGUAUUCGCCGCA